AUGGUGAGAAAAGAGUUGUUUUUGGUGUCGAUGUGGUUAAAGAAAUUUAAAGCUCAGUCUUAUCAAGGAGAGAUCACGGAGGAACUCGUGGAUUCCGUCUUUUCCAAAGGAUCCCUUGAGAACGGCGUACUUGUUCUUGCGGAAGUUCAAAGCAGUCAUGGCUGGGUAUCCGAAACCUCCGACUUCGAAAGAUUCCUCGAGAGCUGGCUGAGAUGCUCCCUCAACCCAGAUCCAUCUGAAAAACAAGAAUUUAAUGAUUUGUCAGAAAAUUGUGAUGUAAUUAACUUACCCCCAAAGGUUCUUCUUGAAUUUCUCGGAUUGUUCUUUGAGAAGGGCCAAGUAGUCGUUUCUGCAUUUGGCUUGGCAGUCGAGGAUGUGUGGCAAGAAAGCGAAGAUACAGAGUUGCUUCUCUUUGCAAGCGUCCUCUACAACUUGUUGGUUGAUUCCUUCAAGAAUCUCUGGAGCUGGCAUGUUCUCUUGAGCACGAGCAGAAGCCCAGGCGACGAUAUCAGAAGAUUGACCGAAGUACUUGAUGGUUGGGAAUCCACGGAUGGCGAACUUAUUGGCGACAACAGUGUGAACCGUGGCGUCGAGGGCUCCAAGACGAACUUUGCCCUUGAGCUCGGAUGCAGCAGCCUUCCAUUGUGGCUCAAGACUCUUGCAGUGUCCGCACCAUGGAGCAAAGAAUUCAACGAGCCAGAUGUCUUUGCUGUUGAGAACGAGCUCCUCGAAGUUGGCAUCAGUGAGCUCAACGACGUCGUUUCCGGAUCCACCUCCUCCGCGCUUUCCAGAUCCUGA